AUGGACGAAUUACCCGUCCACAACGCGCCCCUAGGUCCAAAAAGCAGAACCCAAGACAAGUUUGAAAAGGCAUGGAUAGCCAGCACGGCCGACAAAAACAUCACAUUGCACAGCUUCCGUCGAUUUAAAACCACGCAUCUGCUAAAUUUACGUUUCCUAGAAGAUGAGAUUACCCAAAUGGACCACGUUUUGUACCAAGCCGGCCUCAGCCUCAACUUGCCUAUCUCCUCAUUCGAUCGGCUUGGUCUCAAGAACAACAGGAGAGAUGACAAAGUUCCCAAUAUCGAUGAAUUGAUCACUCCAGAAUUCAUUUUAAAGCUCCGCGGUCUUUUGAAGGAAUACGACGAAGCCCUAGCAGCCUUCAACAAAAUUAUGACGAUGGAAAUCAACUCUCUUCUCGACGACGAUCUACUCUCCAGUUUACGUAGCGACCUCAGUCUGGGAGAGAAAUACAAAACGAGGCUGCUACGAGUAGAUCUCGGAACGCGAGAGCGGGUUGAUCCGUUCCAGCGCUGGCUCUACAAGUACCUACGCUUCUUUAGAUUCAGAAAACUAAAGAGGAGGGACCAGAACAACCCUGGAGACCUAGGCUCGACCUGGAUUUGGUACCGCUUGCACCACCGCCGCCGCCGCCAAUGGUUGUACCCAGAUACUCUUCUCAUAGCCGAAAUCACCGGGCGUCUAUUCACCGCAGCAUUUACAGCCAUAUUCCUCAUUGCUCCUUUGGUUAUUCUAUCGCACGAGUCAUCUAAAAACGUUCAGUUGGCGAUUAUCGCAGCGUGGAUACUCGGGCUAUCAUUUCUCGUGUCGCUUUUCCUCAAAGUGACCAGCUUCGAGAUGAUGGCCGUGGCAGCAGCUUACGCUGCUAUUUUAUCCGUUUUCGUAUCCAAUGUACCUGUGGAUACAAGGACAAGUGCGAAUUAG